AUGCCCCUCCAUCUCCAAGACGAGGUUCAGCGCCGCUCCCUCACAGACCCCGAGUCCUUCUGGGCCGAACAAGCUUCACAUCUCUCCUGGCAUAGGAAGCCCAGCAAAGCGCUCGCCCGGACUUCCAAAUCUCUCAAGUCUGGCACCAAGCACGAUCACUGGGAGUGGUUCCCAGAUGGCGAGAUCUCGAAUUGUUAUAACUGCGUGGAUAGACAUGUCGAAGCAGGUAAUGGGGAUCAGACGGCCAUUCUUUGGGAUAGUCCUGUGUCAGGGACCAAGACCAAGAUCACUUACAAGGAGUUACUGGCGGAAGUGGAAACUUUUGCCGGAGUGCUGAGGGAAGAAGGGGUCAAGAAGGGGGAUAUUGUCCUGGUUUACAUGCCUAUGAUCCCCGCUGCCUUGGUUGGAAUUCUCGCCAUUUCUCGCCUAGGGGCCAUCCACUCAGUAGUGUUUGGAGGAUUCGCCCCAGCGUCUCUGGCCCAGAGAAUCGAUGCCGCAAAACCAGUUGCCGUACUCACAGCAUCCUGUGGUAUCGAUGGCGCCAAACCACCAUUGUCCUACAGACCCUUCAUCCAAGAGGCGAUCAAGCUCUCGCCCCACAAGCCCUCUAGAACCAUCAUCUGGCAACGAGACCAGCUACGAUGGGAUCCGAUCGAUAAGAAUAACGGCGAAAGAAACUGGCAGCGUCUUUCCAAAAGUGCGCGGAACAGGGGAGUGAAAGCUGAGUGUGUGCCCGUCAAGUCCAGUGACGGGGUAUACAUCAUCUACACAUCCGGCACAACUGGUCUUCCCAAAGGAGUCGUCCGAGAAGCAGGUGGCCAUGCCGUAGGGCUCCAUCUCUCCAUCAGCUAUCUGUUCGGCAUCCACGGUCCGGGCGAUGUCAUGUUUUGUGCCUCGGACAUCGGCUGGGUAGUCGGCCACUCUUACAUCCUCUACGCACCACUUCUCACCGGAGCUGCCACCGUCCUCUUUGAAGGCAAACCGGUCGGAACACCAAACGCAGGUACCUUCUGGCGCAUCAUCGAAGAGUACAAGGUCAACACUCUCUUCACCGCGCCGACUGCGCUCCGAGCUAUUAGGCGAGACGACCCCGAGAACAAGCUUUUCCAGGAGCUUGGCGACAGGGGCGGCCUCAAAAGCCUCAAGGCCAUAUUCCUCGCUGGCGAGAGAUCCGAGCCGAGCAUCGUCACGAUGUACCAGGAGCUCCUUAAGGAAUACUGUGCCCCCGGCGCCAAUGUCAUCGACAAUUGGUGGUCGUCUGAAUCAGGGUCUCCGAUAUCAGGGAUUGCCCUCGUCCCACAUGCAGGCAAGGACCGCAAGACGACGAAGCGGGAUGUCGCUCCCCUUGGUAUCAAGCCUGGUAGUGCCGGCAAAGCCAUGCCAGGCUUCGACGUCCGUGUCGUUGACGAUUCGGGCAACGAGGUCGCGGAGGGGAGCAUGGGGAACAUCGUACUCGGCAUGCCGCUUGCGCCUACGGGAUUCAGAACGCUCUGGCAGGACGAAGAGAGAUUCUACAAAGGGUAUCUGAAGAGGUUUGAGGGCAAGUGGCUGGACACGGGGGAUGCAGGGAUGAUUGACGAGGAAGGAUAUAUCCACGUCAUGUCGAGAUCAGACGAUCUCAUCAAUGUCGCUGCUCACCGAUUCAGUACUGGUUCAAUCGAGCAAGCCAUCUCCUCGCACCCAAGCAUAGCCGAGUGCUGCGUCGUCGGCAUCCCCGACGCCCUCAAGGGCCACCUCCCCUUCGCCUUCAUCACGCUCUCGACGCGGGAUCACCCCCCCUCGGCCAUCCCCUCGGCCGCCCUCUCGGCCGAGGUGCAGCAGCUCGUGCGCACGCAGAUCGGCGCCAUCGCCUCGCUGGGCGGCAUGAUCCAGGGCCAAGGCAUGAUCCCGAAGACGCGGUCCGGCAAGACGCUGCGGCGGGUGCUGCGGGAGCUGCUCGAGAACGCCGUGCACGGCGACUGGGGGAAGGCGGUGCCCGUCCCGGCCACGGUCGAGGACGUCGGCGCGCUGGCUGUGGCGAGGGCGAAGAUCGAGGAGUAUUUCGUGGAGAGGGGAGGGGCUGUGCAUCGCCCUACCGAGGCGCGAGCCAAGCUGUGA